GACAGAUACUGCAACAUUCAACUGGUUGGUACAGAGGCCAGUUGUCCAUUGGAGCAAAUCACACUUCAGCACUUACACAAAAUGUGACAUUCUAUUGAACAACCUAUGUGAGAGCUUCAAUUCAAGCAUUUUGAGGACUAGGGACCAACCUAUAGUGACAAUGUUGGCGAGAAUAAGAUUCAUAUUAAUGGAGAGUUUACAGAAAAUGAGGACUGCAAUGAUGAGGUAUAAUGGGGUGUUUGGCCAAAGGUAGUGAAAAGGAUAGAAAAGAUGAAAGAAGAUGAUAAGGGGUGGAUUAUUAGGUGGUGUAGCAAUGAUGAAUUUGAAGUCAUAGGUCCAAAUAUGGUGCAAUACAAAGUUUAUAUUGAUAAGAGACAAUGUGGUUGUAGGAAGUGGGACAUCUCUGGCAUACCGUGCAUACAUGCAAUUGCAGCAUUGGGGUUCAAUAAUUUGGAGCCACUUGACUAUGUUCAUGAUUGCUAUAGGGUUGACACAUAUAUGAGGACAUAUGAUAAUCUGAUGGGCCCAAUAAAUGGCAAGGACAUGUGGCCAUCCACAGAUAAUGUAAAGUUGCUCCCACCAGAUAUCAAGAAAAGGGCUAGCAGACCCAAGAAGGCAAGGAGGAGGGAACCUGAAGAACCAAAGGAUCCAAUUAGACUGGGCAGGAAGGGCAUGAAGAUGACCUAUUCAAGUUGUGGGAACAUAGGACAUAACAAAAUGGGCUGCAAGAAAAAUGGCCAAUGGGUGAAUGCUGGUGAAGGAAGCUCCUCAACUCACACCCAACAAGCUGUUGAGUCUGUUUUGCCAUCUCAAAUUGAGUUUGUUGAACCAUCUCAAACUCAGUUUGUUGAACCAUCUCAACCUGUUCAGGUAAAUGCAAGUGCAAAUGCUCGAGCAAAUCAUACCCAAGGUGCUAGAAAUGCAAGAGCAAGUGCAAGAGCAUGGUCCUCAACAGACACCCAAGUAUGUACUUAG